UAGCGCAUCAGAUGCACCACACAAAAACGGUGCAAAAAGCUCCAUCUCCAACUCUGAUCCAAGUUCUAUCUUCCAUCGGAACAACCAUCGCCGCCACCCUACGAAUACUGCUGCAGCAUCGCCCAUUCGUUUCUGUCGUUUAAUCAGCUGGAGUGGAACCACGAGAUUUGAACUCUUUCAGACAUAGCAGUUGAUUUGUUUGACGAGACAUGUCUCUCCUCAGUAGGUUCUUCUAUAGAAGACCACCAGAUGGCUUGCUUGAGCUUGUGGAUAGAAUUUAUGUUUUUGAUUCUUGCUUUUCAACUGAAGUUCUGCCUGAGGGACUCUACCAACUUUAUUUGCAUGAAAUUAGUAAUGAAUUACAUGAAGAGUUUCCCGAGUCAUCCUUUCUGGCGUUUAAUUUUCGAGAGGGUGAAAGGAGGAGCCAGUUCUCAGAAAUUUUGUGCGAGUAUGAUAUCACUGUCAUGGACUAUCCAAAACAGUAUGAGGGUUGUCCCCUUCUACCGUUGUCUCUUGUCCAUCAUUUCCUUCGUCUUUGUGAGAGUUGGCUUACUCUUGGGAAUCAUCAGAACGUCAUUUUGCUUCAUUGUGAGAGAGGGGGUUGGCCUCUUUUAGCAUUUCUUUUAGCCAGCAUUUUGGUUUACAAGAAGUUGCAUAGCGGAGAACGUAAGACUCUUGAAAUUGUUUACCGGGAGGCUCCAAAAGGUUUGUCUCAACUAUUGUCACCUUUAAACCCAUACCCAUCACAGCAUCGCUACCUGCAAUACAUAUCAAGAAGAAAUUUAUCUGAGGAGUGGCCUCCCCCUGAACGAGCUCUGUCUCUGGAUUGUCUCAUUCUUCGUGAUAUUCCAAAUUUUGAUAAUAAGAAUGGAUGCAGACCAAUCAUUCGAAUCUAUGGCAGAAAUCUUCUUAGUAAGGAUGGGCUUUUGACGCAAAUGUUAUAUUCCACGCCCAGGAGAGGUAGGAGUCUUCGGCAUUACCGCCAGAAGCACAGUGAUGUUAUUAAGAUUGACAUUCAGUGUUUGGUGGAAGGUGAUGUUGUACUGGAGUGUCUCCAUUUAGACAUUGAUUCUGAAAGAGAAGUUAUGAUGUUUCGCAUAAUGUUCAACACUGCCUUUAUUAGGUCUAAUAUUUUGAUGCUCAACUGUGACCACUUGGACACUCUUUGGGACUCAAAGGCACGGUUUCCAAAAGGUUUCCGAGCGGAGGUUCUUUUCGGAGAUGUUGAGAGCAUUUCAGCUCCCAUAGCUCCAACCACAAUGUUGAAUGGAGAAGAAAAAGGUGGAUUGCCUAUUGAAGCUUUUAACAAAGUUCAAGAACUUUUCAAUGGGAUUGAAUGGGCCGAUGGUGGUGACGAUACUGCUUUAUGGCUAUUCAAACAGCUGUCGGUUUUAAAUGAUGCAAAAGAAUUAUCAAUGCUGCGGAGUAAAUUGAGUACAUAUUCAUCACCUUUCGACUCUGAGGAUGAAAACAAUGCUUCCAGUGUUGCUGACAGUCUGGAUUUUCUGGAAUCCGAAAGAAGUAGUGAUCUACCUUGUACUACUGCCUCAGUGGUGAAUGUUUUUGAUGAAUCUUCAUACCAAAAUUCUCCUUUGGAUGAAACAUCUGAUUUUAAGUCCUUGGAGGAUCCAUUGCAUCAUAAAACAUCAGACACGGUUGAUUCAAGUGUCUCCUCUUCUGGAAGUGGUGAUCUAAGUAAUGCAAAUGAUACUUCAGCAUCACCAAAUCAAGCUCCCAUUGAAAGUCCCAGAUCACCUGUCAAUGAAAUAUCCAUUCAACCAAGCAAAAGUGUAUCAACUUGCCAACAACCACCUCCAGUACCUCCUGCUACAGAUUCUUGUAGAGAUUCCCCUCAAGGACCGACGACUCCACCACCAUUUUCUAUUGAUUCAGGUGAAGGAUCUCCACCAUCUCAUCCUUUACCAAUUCUAACGUAUGAUCCUGCUAUACAUGAAAGCUCUGCAACUCGUGCAUCAUUGCCUCCCCCUCCUCCACCACCACCUCCACCUCCACCUCCACCUCCACCUCCACCUCCACCUCCACCUCCACCAGCAUUUGUAAGUGGUUCAGUUGGGAAAAGCUCUCCUUCGCCUCCACCACCUCCUACUUUGCCUCCUAUCUCUUCCAAGAUCCCAUCACCACCACCCCCUCUGCCCCCACUUGGUUCUACCUCAAGUUUUUCCAAGAGUCCACCACCCCCACCCCCACCACUACCUUCACUAGUUUCUUAUAAAGGCCCCCCACCACCUCCGCCUCCACCCAUUUCUUCCAAGGGAGCUCUUCCUCCACCACCUCCCUUUACUAGUGGACCACCACCUCCCCCUCCUCCCCCUCCUGGACCUCCACGUCAAGGAACAACUUCUUCAGUAACCAAGCCAUCAGGUGCACCUCCACCCCCACCCCCACCCCCAACUCCGGGCCGCAAUGGUACAGGUGCGCCGCCCCCACCUCCACCUCCGGUCCGCAGUGGUGCAGGUGUGCCACCUCCACCUCCACCUCCGGUCCGCAAUGGUGCAGGUGCGCCACCUCCACCUCCACCUCCAGGCCGCAUUGGUGCAGGUGCGCCACCGCCACCUCCACCUCCGGGCCGUAAUGGUGCAGGUGUGCCACCUCCACCUCCACCUCCUGGCCGCACUGGUGCACCAGGUCCACCUCCACCUCCACCUCCCGGUCGCAAUGGUGGAGCAGGUCCGCCUCCACCUCCACCUCCUGGAGAAAGGGGCUCUAAUGGGUUGCAGCAACCUACCUCUUCCAGUGGACGAGGACGUCCCGUUGGUUCUCUGAGUAGUGGAAGAAGUAGAGUUGGUGUGGGCUCUUCAAUUCCUCCUAAAAAAGCGUCUUUGAAGCCCUUGCACUGGGUUAAAGUUACCAGAGCAAUGCAAGGGAGUUUAUGGGCUGAUACUCAAAAACAUGAAGACCAGUCAAGGGCUCCUGAAAUUGAUAUAUCAGAGCUUGAGAGUCUAUUUUCAGCAGCUUCUGCUUCUGACAGUACCAGCAAAGGUGGAGCUCGACGGGGUUCAAAAAUUAAUAAACCUGAAAAAGUUCAAUUGGUUGAUUUGCGUAGAGCGUAUAAUUGUGAAAUCAUGCUUACAAAGAUAAAGAUUCCUCUGCCUGAUAUGAUUAACGCCAUUCUUGCAUUGGACGCUGCUGCUUUGGAUAUUGAUCAAGUUGAAAAUCUCAUCAAAUUUUGUCCAACAAAAGAAGAAAUGGAGACUCUAAAGAACUAUACAGGAAACAAGGAAAUGCUCGGAAAGUGUGAACUGUUUUUCAUGGAGCUAAUGAAGGUCCCACGUGUUGAGUCAAAACUUCGAGUAUUUGCGUUCACAAUUACUUUUACCAGUCAGGUUAAAGAUUUAAGACUAAAUCUGAGUGCGAUCAAUGAUGCUACUAUAGAGGUCAAGGAAUCUGCAAAGUUGCGUCAAAUAAUGCAGACAAUUCUUACGCUGGGAAAUGCAUUAAACCAGGGCACUGCUCGAGGAUCUGCUGUAGGAUUUAAGUUGGACAGCCUUCUUAAAUUGUCUGAUACACGUGCAAGGAACAACAAGAUGACACUAAUGCAUUAUUUAUGCAAGCUUCUUGCUGAAAAGAUGCCGCAGUUGCUAGAUUUUGACAAGGAUCUGGUUCAUUUGGAAGCUGCCUCCAAGAUACAAUUGAAGAAUUUGGCUGAAGAAAUGCAAGCAGUGAGUAAAGGUCUUGAAAAGGUUGAGCAGGAACUCACUGCUUCAGAGAAUGAUGGCGCUAUAUCUGCUGGUUUCCAGAGGGCAUUGAAGAGUUUUCUUGAUACUGCUGAAGCUGAAGUCCGGACUCUAAUCUCCUUGUAUACUGAAGUGGGAAGAAAUGCAGAUUCACUUUCACAGUAUUUUGGAGAGGAUCCUGUUCGUUGCCCCUUCGAGCAAGUAACACAAAUAUUGGCGGUGUUUGCUAAGAUGUUCAAGAAAGCUCGUGACGAAAACGAACAGCAAGCAGAUGCCGAAAAGAAGAGAUUAGAGAAAGAAGCUCAUGCAGCAGCCAAGAAAGAGGAUGUUGAUUCCAAGAAAGACCUCAAAAACAUGAUUCAAAAUACAUCUCUAGCCAUGAAGAGAAGAGAAGUGAAUAAUAGAAACCAUGAUGAUAAGAAAGAGUAGUUAGUCUCUUUUCCUUCAUGCCAUAAUAGCAUCCACAAUGGUUGGACUUUUUCGUCGAAGCUUUUUUUAAAGAGAGUGUAAAUGUACAAGAAAAAAGAUUUGGGGGGGGGGGGGUGUUUUGACAAGCGUAGGAGGCCAAAAAUUUCUCCGAAAAGCUUCAUUGUUAUCUCUCCCUCACACUUGUAUAGAAAUGUUUAAAUGAUUUAGGAUAGUCACACGCGUAAUUUGUUUAGUAUCUAUGUUGUUUGCAUGCUUUGUAUUAGAAAGUCGAUUAUGUGUCUUACGAAUCGACGUGGGUGCGUUGAAAUUGUUUGCUGAAGUGAUUAGUCGAAGGGUUAAAAUACUUUAAUGGUUGGAGGAGUGCUUCAAGCUUGAAGUAUUGAGUGGCAAAAUAUCGGUCUAAUCGGGCCUUUAACCAACGGGCCAUUGAGGAUGUGUCGGAUAUGGAUAAGACCGAACAAAACUGGAUUGUAUAGAUGAGCGAGCGGUGGGUGAAUGAAUUAUAGACAUGUUUUAAUGUUUCAAUUUGAUGUGGGUUAAUGU